AUGCCCUUGAACUUUUGCGUGAAUUUUUCGCCUGUGUUCAUAUGGCUUUUAAUUUUUAAGAAUGCUGGACUUAUUCCAAAGGAAAUACGGCCUCUCAUUCACGUCUCGUUGGCACAUCAUGUUGAUGAUAUUGUAUUUGAUGUCUGGGGAAACCCCGUAACCUCGAUCCUUUCUUUGGCUGCUCUCAAGCUUUCUGCCUGGGGAUUAUAUGUGUGGUUUUUCCUGAAACGUGGUUCCGAAACCAUAGAAAGCACAGCUUGUCUGUCCAUGUCCCCUUCGCUGCAGCCUGCGUUGGAGUUAUCGGUUUUUGAUGAAGAGGAAGACUUUGACCUUAACAAAAGCACCCAGGGUGAGGACUGCGUUCCAUCAGGGUUUCAAAGCCACCCAAGGAUUGGCUCUCUACCAUUCUUUCCCAAACUUACACAACAUGAUGCCGCUCUAAAUGCCAGAGCAAUUAAUAGAGAACUCUGGCAUCACAUGAAUGAAGAGGGGGCUCCUACACCUUUCAACUGCUGGCAGUUGACGCCUCCUAUACUUUUGGGAGCUUCUUGGAUCUUACUCAACAUCGACUCAUCUCUUGCAAAGAACAUCACAGAAACUAAGGACACUAUAGCAUGGCUUUCAUACGUCAUAGGACACUUUUGCGUACCCCUUUUCACCGCUAUCUGGCUUUAUGUUUUUCAUGCUCCAGGGGCAUUGAAGUGCUUUGGGUUUGCUUUGGGAGCACAGAACAUUGCAGGUGUGUUGACUCAUCUUUCAUUCCCCAACGCUCCUCCAUGGUUUAUUCACAAGUAUGGCGAUGAUGCUCAUGCUGAUUACGAUACCUUGGGCUAUGCCGCUGGGUUAACGAGGGCUAAGUUUUCCACGGGUACUUUUAUGGUCAACAACGGAUUCCAUAAGUCACCCAUAGUCUUCGGAGCUCUUCCUUCGUUGCACUCUGCUAUGGCGGUUAUGUGCUUCUUCUUCGUGUGCUACUACUCAAGAUGGAUAUCUGCCAAAAUGCUUCUUUUCGCAUUUGUGUUUUGCCAGUGGUGGGCUACCAUCUACUUGGAUCACCAUUGGCGUUUAGACCUUCUUGUUGGUCUCAUGUAUGCUAUUGUGUCAUAUACAAUCUUUUCGAAAUGGUUAAUGCCUCGUGUGGACCACGAAUUUGCACAAGCAAGGCUACGCUACGAUUUCAGUAAAGGUUCAACAAUGGGAAUGAGAGUGUUUCGGAACACCAAGAUACAGAACUUCUUCGAUCCAAUGGCUUAA